GAGCGCAUUCCUCUCGCCGCCUAGUUCACGCGCCUCAGUUUAGUUUGUUUCGCUAGGCGAGGACAAGGGGGGAGAAACAAGAGAGAGAAAAUAGCCAUUAGCCAGCCCGCCCAUGGAGGGCAGCAGCUCCAUUCCCCUUCCCGCAUUGGACAUCCCGAGAAAAGAGCGCUCCUCCCCUGCCCUGCUUUCGCCAGAACAAUGGCGGAGCAUAGGCCGUUUGAUAGGCGGAGAACAGGUUGCCUCGAGGGCCUCUUCAAUUUCCUUGCCCUCAACCAAAAAUUGCAAAUGCCAAAAAUGAUUGCGUACCGGAAGCAUGGGGAAGGAAAUAGCAAUACACUCAGAGUAAAAGUUCCGAAGCCCAGGAACGGCACAGAAGAAGAAGAGACUGCUCCGAAGGAAGCUAACAUCGUUUCUCCAACGGCAAAGGGCAGCAUGUUUAUGUGGAAGACACUCUUGUUCAAGAAGAAAGCACCCAAGAAAGACCAAAAGAAGAGUGACUCGCAUGCCAGCUUGCCAUCAUCAUCAUCACGUUUGAUGCGAUCCAGCUCGAUCCAUCAUUCAAAAUGCUUUGAUUAUUCUGUUCCUGAUGAGUUGGCCUCCCAGUACCAGAGAAUGAAUGAAUCGACCUUCAAUGAGACAGGCCCUAGUCAAAGUGCACCAGGGUCGUCACAUGAUAGCCCUCGAGUUCCCAUUUUUCAGGAGUCGUCCAAGGUUUCUGCUAGCAUUAGUGGCAAACGUAGCCUAGACGCAAAAGCACCUCAACUUCAUAUUGAAAAUGAGGCCUCCUCUAAGCAGAAAAGCCAUGAUGAUCCAACACAUCACUCAAAGGAGUUCUUGGAUUUCCUUGAAUUGUUCAAUGCACACAGGGAACUGUUUCUUAAGAUUCUUCAUGAUCCUUCGUUGUUAGUACCGCCUGAACAGAAAGAGCAAGAAGCUUGCUCCAGAGGUGCCACACCUUUGAGCAAAUUAGAAUCAUUUCCAAGGCCAGGAGGAUCGUCAGGGAAACGCAACCCUAUAUUUGAUUGGAGUGACAGUGGGAAAAGCAAAAGGGCAGAAAUCGAAAGGUCACCCUCAAGGUCUAAAGCUGACCUAGAAGCCUCAAAAGUCAUCAGUACAAGAAUGCCUGCUGGUGUCGAAGCCUCAACGGCUUCUCUUGUGGAAUCAAGAAGCCUAAAGAAAGCUCGAACCACUUCAAACCGUUUUAAAGCUAUAAGUAAGAAGAUCAAAGAUGUCGUAAAGGAGAAUCGGAAAGAGCUUGCUCGGAUUACCAAGGAUGGAGUAUUUCAUAAAAUGCCAUAUGGACAAAAGAAGGAUGAAUUAAACAAGAGCCCAUCCACGAAGAAAUUUGUCCAGGAGGAGAAACGAAUACGAAAAUCAUACUCUAUUGCAGAAUCAGUAGACAAGUACUCAACACUGUAUGAGUCCAUCUCGAGGGAGUCAAAGAUCUCUCGAGAAAGACCAAGUACAGCGCUGGAAGACGAUGCAAGCUUAAAAGAUAAGAAGGCACCGAUGCACAUUAAAAGAAUAACUUCUCUUCCAGAAUUGCAGUUAUAUUCACCUCACAGAGAUGAUCUAAGUGAACCUCCAGAUUCUAAGAUUGUGCCAAAAACUUACUAUAUGGAAUCUGAUCACUUCUCUUCACAUCGAAAUGAUUCCUUCAGUAUCUACACCGAAGAAAAUUUCUACCCUGAAGAUACUAUUGAAAGAAUGGCACAUAUUUACAGUGAACAAAAUGAUGGAGAAGGUGCUUUCCUUGGCUCUGUGGAAGAGGAUUUACGCAGCAUCCUUCGAACUCCCAGUUUUUCUUCUUUUGAUCAGUCUUUCUCCCAUCGCCGCAUAAACAGCUUACCUUCUUUUGAUCGGUCAUUUUUUCAAGAUCGCAGUUGUAGUUUCACAGACCAUUCUGUAGCAGAUUCAGAGCCAACAUUUGAACACAUGCAACUUGAGGAUGAUGAGUGGUUGGUCAAGCCAUCACAGCUUUCAGGAGAAUGUACUGCCAGUUUCAAGGAUGAUCAGUGGUUAAUUAGGCCACUGCAUCCCUCAGGCAUCAAUGCUACUGAUCAUCAGGAUGAAGAGUGGGUGGUCGAGACACCACGACUGAUAGGUGCCAAUGCUGCCGAGGAUGAAGAGUGGCUGGUCAAACCAGCGCAGAAUUCGGAGUUCCAAUUUAUACAUGAAUUUGCCGAACAAGAUGAUGCAGGGUCCUUGCACAUUUAUGUCAAUGACAAGAAUGAGGCUGAUUUCCAGUAUGUGAAGGACAUACUCAAGAAAUCCGGGUUCAGUUGUGGCGAGGCUGAUUGGUAUGCAUCUAACCAGCCAGUCAGCCCAGUGAUCUUUGAGGAGGCAGAAUGCUCACAGGAACUCGAGAUGGCCAACGACGAGCCUCAUAGCAUCGUCAGGCGCAUGCUCCUGUUUGAUAUCAUCAACGAGGUCCUGAUGCACAUCUACGACUCUUCCCUGGUCAAUGGUGCAUGGCAUUCACGCUUCGACCCGCGUACAAGACCGAUACCCAUGGGGUCCCAUGUCCUUCAGGAGGUGUGGGCGAAUGUUAGCUGCUACCUGAGCCUGCAGUGGAAGCCGAACCAGGCAGUGGGCGACAUCGUGGCGUAUGAUGUCACGCGGAAGGACAGCUGGAUGAACCUGUUGUAUGACGCUGAGUGUGUUGCGCUGGACCUCGAGGAUCUGAUGGUGGAGGACCUCCUGGACGAUGUUGUUCUUCAGAUAGUGUUGAUAUCUAUUGACGAAUGAACUCUAAGAGCGAAUCUUAUCUGGACAGUAGUGUUUAGCAUCGUGUUAAUGAAUUUGUUGCACAUAUCAUUAUACCAGAAUUGUCAUUCUGGUGAAUGUAGUAGGAUUUAGCAAUGCAUAGAUGCUUCUAGACAUGGAAACUAGAAAUAGGCAGGAGGUAGAUAGCAGAUACCUGGAAUAGAAUAUUUGACUCGCAGAUCUUAGAGAUGUGCUUGAUGCCUUGAUCUAUACUUGUAUUGUAUACCUGUAUAGUCACCAAACUUUUACAGACCA